AAGAUGAUAAGGAUAAACUGGCUGAUUAUCAUCAGUCAUUCACUUCAAAGGCAAACAGAAUAAGGAAGCUGAAUUAGCUGCGGCUACAGAUCCUCCACAGUUCCCGUGUUUGUUAUGGGGUUUUUUUUAAAUCUGUGUUUACAGGUUUAAAGAUCUCACAGUAAGUGUGUUUUCAAUGCUGGACCUUGGAACGGUCAGCAAAGAGCAAGCACAACCUCCUUUGCUCUCGUACACGUAUCUAGACAGAAGGGAUCACGAAGAAAGCUGAAUUUGCGCCAAGCCAAAUUUCUCGGCUGCUUUACACAACUGAGUGAUAAGUGAGUGUUGACAUUUAGGGUGGCGCAUGAAAGUUUGUGAACCCUAAAACAUCAAUAGAUUUGUCCUAAAAGUAAACAAACAGAGCCCAAUGAAACAAAAACGAGACAAAAGGAAAAUGAUACAGUAUUACAUAUGUGUGUGGCAAAAGUAUGUGAACCUCUAAUUUCACCAAAUUAACUACUGAUGCUAGAGUCCGGUGUUUCCAAUGAAUGGGAUUGAGCCUGUGUGCAGUUUGCAAAAGAUCAUGUGGACAAGCCAGAAGGGUAUUGGAAAAAUGUUUGGUGGAUGGAUGAGACCAAAAAAAAAAAAAAGCGUUAUGUUUGGAGAAAGGAAAACACUGCAUUUCAGCAAAGACCCUUAUCCCACCUGUGAAACAUGGUCGUGGUAGUAUCAUAGUUUGGGCCUGUUUUGCUGAAUCUGGGCAGGAUGACCCACCAUCACUGAUGGAACGAUGAAUUCUGAAUUAUACCAGCAAAUUCUGAAGGAAAUUAUCAGGACAUCUGUCCAUGAAUUGAAUCUCAAGAGAAGGUGAGUCAUGCAGCAAGACAACGAUCCUAAACACACGAGUCAUUCUACCAAAGAACGGUUAAAGAAGAAUAAAGUUAAUGUUUUGGAACGGCCAAGUCCAAAGUCCUGACCUUAAUCCAAUAGAAAUGUUGUGGAAGAACCUGAAGCAAGCAGUCCAUGUGAGGAAACCCACCAAAAUCCCAGAGUUGAAGCUGUUCUGUACUGAGGAACGGGAUAAAACUCCUCCGAGCCGAUGUGCAGGACCGAUCAACAGUUACCCCAAACGUUUAUCUGCAGUUAUUACUGCACAAGGAGUCAUACCACAUACUGAAAACAAAGGUGCACAUACUUUUACCAUUCACUGUAAAUGAAAUGUAAUAUUGGAUCAUCUUCCUCAAUAAAUAAAUAAAUACAUAAAUGACCAAGUCUAAUAUUGUUCUCUAAUUUGUUUAACCGUGUUCUCUUUAUCUACUUUUAGAUAAAUUGUACAAACUUUCAAGCACCACUGUAUAUAAAAGGAAAUGUCCAAAUUUCACCAUAGGAAGGAUUUUCCCAGGCUGACGACACUUGUAGCAUUGCCAGGAAUCUAUAAUCGAUUGAAAAUUGUGCAAUAGUGGGACGGCUGAAACGGGAUAGAAUGUGUUUCUCAUCAGAUUUGGUCUGAUGUUGCUAUACUCUGUGCGGCAGGUCAUCUGUAAGGAUGCGCUGUUUAACACUGUUAUUAUGCAUCUUGUCCAUGGGUAACGAAUUAAAUGCUCAGUUUGACCCUCUUAUAUAUGAUGAUGUCUGGCACGGGCAUCAUCGUUGGAGACACAUUCAUCGUCCUUUAAAGGAGCCGGACUUCGACCUGACACCAAAGUUUGCGCUGGUGACUCCGGCAGUGCUGAGAGUGGAAAAUAAAGAAAACAUCCUGCUGGAGGCGUUUGGAAUUUCUGAGCCCGUCAGUGUUUCUCUCUCCAUUUAUGAUUUUCCAGUAAAGUCAAGGCAACUCUGGCAGGGAACCAUCCUUCUCAACUCGGAUAAUAACUACAGCUUCCUUCAAACCAUCGAGAUUAAUCCGAGCCUCCUUCAGCCAGAAAUGAAAGAGACCAAGUAUGUCCAGCUAGUUGCCCAAUUUGGACACUUCCGGGAGAUUAAGCAUGUCAGUAAAGUGUCCUUUCUGUCUGGUUACAUCUUCAUCCAGACUGACAAACCCAUCUACAACCCAGGAGACACAGUGCGUUGCAGAGCUUUUAUUUCUAAUGCAGAUUUUCAGGCUGUCAAUGGCACCAUUUCCGUAGAAAUCCAGAAUCCUGAUGGAAUUACAGUCUAUACCACACCUCGGAGCAAAGCCGCAAACGGCAUUCACUCCAACACUUACGGACUCUCCGACAUCGUCAAAGAGGGCAAGUGGAAGGUUGUUGCCAAAUUUGACCACUGGAAAGAGAACACAUAUAGUGCAAAUUUUGAGGUGAAAAAGUAUGUGCUACCAGCCUUCAAUGUUACACUAAUACCGAAAAAGACCCACUUCAGUUUGGAAGAUGAGGAGUUGGUGGUGGAAGUGUAUGCCAGAUAUGUGUACGGUGAGAAAGUGGAAGGUGUCGCAUACGUGGUGUUUGGAUUAGAGAGAAAUGGAGAGAAAGUGCGACUCUCGUCCUUGAAGCAAGUGACAAAUCUGGAUGGUGGGAUCGCCACUCUGACCAUAGCCGAGCUUAAGAACGUGUACCCCGAUAUCAACAGCAUAGUGGGCUCGUCCAUAUACGUCAAAGCUUCCGUCUUGACCAGCUCAGGAAGUGACCUAGUGGAUGCAGAGAGGACAGGCAUCAAAAUUGUCGUGGCACCAUAUGUGCUCGCCAUCAAGGACACGUCAAGGUUUUAUAAAUCGGGCCUGCCAUUUGAUGUGACGGUUACGGUUAGCCACCAUGAUGGCUCCCCUGCUCCAAAUGUUCCUGUUAAAAUCACCUUACUGUCCACUCCGAUCACAAGCCACAGCGGCACCAUCAAAGUGUCUCUUAACAUGCCUUCUGGCAUGCACCCUGUGACAUUAACAGCAGAGACGGUAAUCCCGGAUUUGAAGCAGGAACAGCAGACUAAGGCUGACUGGUUCGUGGAGCCGUACUCACCGUUUAAUUUUCAGCGGCUGAAUCAGCUUCACAUCACGUUAGACACGAAUACGGUGAAGUCUGGACAGACUUUAAACUUCAAACUGCACCUGAGCACCUUCUCAGAGAAAGAAAGAAGCUACCUGAAGCAUGUUUCCUACAUUGUGCUGAAUAAGGGGAGAAUAAUCCGUGCUGGCAGGGUAAGCAUUGUAGGGCAUCAAGUGACUAAUGUUCCCCUGAUGCUGACUUCAGAGAUGCUGCCUGCAUUCCGUUUCGUGGUGUACUAUGUAUUGCCGUGGCACCAUGGAGUGGAGGUGGUGGCCGAUUCCAUGUCAGUGGAUGUGGAGAGCCAUUGUGUGGGAUCACUCAAGGUUGAACCACUGAGAGGUGAGGUGAAGGACUCGUAUUCACCAGGUGACAGCUUUAGCUUUCAAGUUAAGGGCGACCCCGGAGCAAAGGUCAGCCUGGUCGCUGUGGACAACGCCAUUUUCCUGCUGAGUAAGAACCGCCUGACGCAGAAGAAGAUUUGGGACACGCUGGGUCAGGGGGAUUUGGGCUGCUCUCCAGGUGGCGGGAAGAACAGCAUGGGUGUGUUCCUGGACGCAGGCCUGAACUUUCAGUCCAGCUUCAGUGUAGCAACUGAUGAAAGACGAGACAAACCGUGUUACUGGAAGUCCAGGAGGAAGCGUUCUGCUGAACAACUGCAUCUCCGAGCCCAACUUGAGAAAACCUAUUCUGACCAGUUUCUACAGCGAUGCUGCUCUGAUGGCAUGAGGGAGAUUCCCAUGCCAUAUUCGUGCCGCCGUCGUGCUCUUUACAUCACUGAGAACUGGAGCUGCGUGAUAGCUUUUCUCCAGUGUUGCUCAAAGUACAGGGGUGAAGAGCUGGGCAUCAUCACCCCACCAGAGCCAACCACACCAGAGCCGACCACACCAGUGCCGACCACACCAGUGCCAACCAUCACCAUUCUACUCAGCCCCCGUGGUGGAUACGAGCGAACGCUGCAACUUGAACGGUUUUCAUUCAGACGUCCGACAGGCCAAGCGCGUACACCUCUUUUAGGGGCUUCCAAUCCUAUGGCCAGUGGUCCUGUUUUUAAUGCAUUGCCCUCCAUCCAUUCUGAGCAUGUAGGCUUGGCAUCAGUGGAAUCAGAGAAAUCAGGGGAGGAGUACGAUGAUGAGGAUUAUGAGCUGGAUGACAUUUAUGUUCGCACUAAGUUUUUCGAAUCCUGGUUAUGGACUGAUGUCAAACUUCCUGGAGCACCCGAGGCAGAUGGAUUGGCUGUUUUGCCGGUGACGUCCGUUAUCCCUGACAGUAUCACUCAGUGGGGGAUUUUUGGUGUUAGUGCGUCAACUAAGACGGGUUUCUGUGUAGCCGAGCCGUUCAACAUCCGAGCAUGGAAGCGCUUCUUUAUCGACCUUCGUCUUCCUCGCACUGCAGCCAGAAAUGAGCAUGUCGAAGUCAAGGCCGUGCUGCACAACAACUUGAACGAGAACAUGAAGGUGUUGGUGAUCCUGGCAAAGACGGAGGACAUUUGCAGUGUGGCGCUUACUGAGGAUCAUAAGCAGGAAGUGUUUGUGCGAGCUCGUUCCUCUGUGCUCAUCCUCUAUACUGUAAUCCCGCUCCGAGCAGGAGAGCUCCCCCUGCAGGUCACUGCGGUGUCACGUAGCUUCAUUGGACAGGAUGCGAUCCGCAAAAACCUCCGUGUUGUGGUGGAGGGCAUUCAGAAGAUGGAUGUGAGGAGCUUUGUGUUGAAUCCUGCUGAUAAAGGAGACAGCAAUGGAAAUCAGCUGAUUCGGGUGGAUAAAGCUAAACUCAGUUCAGUGGUUCCCAACUCUCUUCCAGAAACAUUCGUCAACAUCAGAGGUAGUUUGCUGGCCGACAGCAUUGACAACUCCAUCAAUAAGGACUCACUGGCGGCGCUGAUCCGGAUGCCCGGAGGGUGUGUGGAGCAGAACCUGGCUAGCAUCAUACUGCCGCUCAUCGCUGCUCACUAUCUGGACCGCAGCUCACAGUGGGAUAGUGUGGGAUUGCAGCGCAGAGAUGAGGCCCUGCUCUACAUUAAAAAAGGUUAUGAGAACCAGCUUCAUUAUCGCAAAACAGACAACUCAUAUCCACCGUAUCGCAAUGAAGGAACCAGUACCUGGAUCACAGCGUUUGUGGUGAAGGUGUUCUCCAUGGCUUAUCCGUUCAUCACAGUGGAUGAGCAGCACAUAUGUGGCCCGCUGCUCUACCUACUCAAGCACAAGCAGCUCUCAUCUGGAGCGUUCAAGGAGGACAACCCUGUCUAUACAACCUCCAUGACGGGAGGUCUUCAGGGUGCCGAAUCCAGGGAAACUCUGACUGCUUUUGUACUGCUUGCACUGGCUGAAGCUCAGAGUGCCGUUACAUGCAGUGAUCCAGAAAUAAAUACAGAGGUGAGGUUCAGAAGAGCUGGAGAGUAUCUGAAGGAGCGAUACCACCGGCUGCGCAGGCCGUAUUCUGUCGCAAUUGCAUGUUACGCCCUGGCUGUGAGCAAUCAGGGCUGCUCAAAGAGUGUGUUGCUGAAAUCAGCAUCACCAGACCGCACACACUGGCCAGAUGCAGACAACUCCCUCUUCAUGCUGGAGGCGACAGGUUAUGCACUGCUAGCCCUGCUUAAAGGUGGCCAUUCUGAGGAGGCGGCUGCUCCGUUCAAGUGGCUGAAUCAGCAGCGACGAGUUGGGGGAGGAUACGGAUCAACACAGUCCACCAUGGUGGUACUGCAGGCUCUGUCGGAGUACCUCGUCAAAAAACCCCCUCCAUCUGACAUGAGCCUGCGGGUGGACCUCAGUGUUCCUGGUCGCUCGGAUAUACGCUGGGCCUUCACCCGUCAUCUGGCUCAUGUAGCACGUUCCUCUCGGGUCCCUCUAGAUCAGGACUUUACAGUGCUUGCCUCAGGAAAUGGCCAAGGAAUCCUGGAGGUGGUAACAGUUUACAACGAGUUGCCCGAUGAGCACGAGAAGAGCUCCUGUAAUGGCUUUGAUUUGAACGUUUCCAUUUCGGAAAGCAAUGAGAAGCCUCCAGCAGAUGUAGAGAAGGUGUACAAACUAGGCAUCAAUGUGAGAGCUCUGACGCAGCAUCAAGUGCGCAUGGCAGUUCUUGACAUCAGUCUGCCUACCGGCUUUGAACCAGAAACCUCGGACCUCCAGCUGCUGACCAACUCUGUGGAUCGCUACAUUAACAAUUUCCAAGUUGUAGAUAAUCUGAGCGAUCGAGGAUCUCUCAUCAUUCAUCUGUUCAAGGUGUCCAACAAAGAGGCAGACGUCAUCUCGUUCAGGCUGAACCAAAAGUUUAAAGUGAGCCUCCUGCAACCGUCUACAGUCACUGUAUACCAGUAUUACAACACAGAUAAACGUUGCAGCAGGUUCUACACUCCACUAGAGGACAAAGAGCAGCUCAGUCAGAUCUGCAAAGACAACAUUUGCCGCUGCACACAGGGCGACUGCUGCGUGAUGAAGACAGCUGCUCAGACGCACGCAGCGAGGAGGAAGGCUGCAUGCAGCGGAAUCCACCACGCAUACAAGGUCAGAGUGUCAAGCGUCAGUGCGAGCCAAUAUGACAGAUAUGAGGUGGAGAUCCUGCAGGUCAUAAAAGAAGGCUCCGAGUUCGGUGUAAAGGAAAAGGACACGCGAGUGUUUCUCUCACACGCUGGCUGCAGGGCGGGGCUUAAUCUACUUGAAGGGCAGGACUACAUCAUCAUCGGGCCACCCUCUGACGUCUGGCAAGCAGGCAGUGACAAGAACGGGUAUACAUACACUCUGGGGAAGGAGACGUGGGUGGAGCGCUGGCCUUCAUCAGCCGAGUGUAACGCUGCUACGCUAAACACAUGCACUGAGCUGGAGAAAUUUACAGCAGAAUUGCGGGACACCGGCUGCCAAACCUGAGAAACACCACACACGGGGUUGUCUGUGUUCACUGCCUACACACACAUAAAUAUUGAUAUAUUGAAAUGUAGGAUAUGUUGUAUAUCAUAAAGUAUAUCAUAAAUUGUAUAUCAUAGUGAAACAUUUCCAAUACAAAAAGGCACACAGAUCUAAAUAAAGCUUUAGGUUAACUGUGA